AUGAUUGGGUCAUACAAACUAACGCUGGCGGCUUCAGAGGGGGGUUUUGUUUCUCUUGGUUGUAUUAUUAAAGACCCUACUUCUAACAUUUUUCUUGCUGCGUCUAAAAGAUUCCCAAGUGUGACCAAUCCUGCGAAUGCUGAGCUUUUGGCCAUCCGUUGGGCUUUCCUGCUGGCCAAAGAGCUGAAUUUAAAGAGUUUUGUAUUUCAAUCGGAUGCUCAAGUUGUGGUGGAUUGUAUUAACGAUUUCGUUUUUAUAGCUGAUUUAGACUCUGUGGUUGCUGAUUGCAAGUUGCUAAUGAAGGAUUUUGAUAGUGUCACUCUGAUGUUUAUUAACAGAUUAUGUAAUUUAGAUGCCCACCAUAUGGUUGGAAUUGGUAAGUCUUUUGGUUUUAGAACUUGA